GUGAAAUCUACAACGACAACUGUUUUUGUCUUCAGGCUGGCAAGAUUUGAGGUAGGAGGCUGAAUCAUAUUACUUAGCAGUCAGUUGUUGUCCAGUGACAGUGAUGGUAGUAUGCGCCGCCGGUUGCAGCUACCCGCUUGCCGCAACAAGGCCGAUAUUGACAAGCCAUUCAUAAACCCUCGCAGACUUUCUUCCCGCUGAACUGCCACGACCAUAUUCUUGAUUAUCGUUUGGCGCGUUGCAAUAUGAAGGCGGUACUCCAACGAGUCAAGUCCGCCUCGGUCACCGUCGACGGGCAACUUGUGUCGUCGAUUGGCCAGGGGCUGCUUGUGCUUGCCGGUGUAGGCAAAGAGGACACGGAAAAAGAUGCCGAUACGAUGGUUGGGCGAAUAUUGAAAGCCAAGCUUUGGUCCGAUGAGAACGAGAAACCGUGGAAGAAGAACGUCCAAGAUAUCGAUGGAGAAGUGCUUUGCGUCUCACAAUUUACCCUCUAUGGCGAGUUGAAGAAGGGCAGCAAGCCGGACUUCCACGCCGCAGCCGAUGUGGAGACUGCACGCAAACUCUACGACUAUUUCUACCAAAAACUGAGCAACAGCUACAAGCCUGAACGGGUGAAGAAUGGCAUCUUCCAGGCGAUGAUGGAGGUCGAGCUCAAGAACGACGGGCCGGUGGGUGUAGAUUACCGCAGUGAAGAUGCGGUGGUUACGAUCGAGAUCAACACCCAACUACCCAAGAAGGAGAAGAAGGAGAAGGAGGCCGAGCCGCAAGAAACGCGGCCUCAGACUUUCGAGUUCAAGAUACCCGCGGAGUUGUUGGAUUGAUUGAUGGAAGGGCGUUACGAUGAACAUACGAGGAGAAUGAUCCCUCGAGAUUCAGAUUGGUUCAGGUGUAUAUAAAAAGUUCCUUAUAGACAUACCCAUAAUAGAUUUUGAGGGGGGAUUGGGGUGGAU